AUGACCUUAGCACACACGCGACACUCGGGUGAAAUGGCGGCCCCUACAUACACUCUGGUCAUGCUGAUGGCCACCAGCUUGUUGGUGAUCCCGUCCAUGGUUGUUUCAUCUCCGGCUCCGAGCAACAACACUGACCUUGCCGCGCUGCUGGCUUUCAGAUCCCAGUUAUCUGAUCCUUUAAGCAUCCUUGCAAAUAACUGGACAAGUGAUGUGUCCUUCUGCCACUGGACCGGCGUGUCAUGCAGCAGCCACCACCACCAGCGGGUAACUGCUUUGAAGCUGCCCAACAUGCUCCUCCAAGGAGAGCUCAUCCCUCACCUCGGUAACCUCUCUUUCCUCCAUGUACUCAACCUCACCAACACAACCCUCACCGGCUCCAUCCCCGCUGAUCUUGGAAGGUUACCACGCCUUAGAUAUUUGGAUCUUGGCCACAAUACUUUAUCAGAUAUCAUUCCGCCUACCAUUGGAAACCUCACGAGGCUCCAAUUUCUUGUCCUAGAUUUCAACCAACUCUCUGGACAGAUCCCAGAUGAGCUACGCAACCUAGUUAGCCUUAGGUACCUCUCCAUGAAAAAAAUUUGCAUGACAGGCCUCACACCGAAUUUCUCAUUUGACACCACACCUUCACUGUGCCACAUAGACAUUGAGAACAACACUCUGUCUAGGCCAAUACCAGAUGGUAUCGGCUCGUUGCUCAUGCUUCAGUUUCUUGGUUUGAGAUAUAACCAGCUAUCAGGUUCGAUACCUCGUACCAUCUUCAACAUGUCUAGGCUUGUGGAGAUGCACCUAGGACACAACAAUCUUAUAGGUCAUAUACCUAGCAACAGAAGUUUUAGUCUCCCCAUGUUGCAAGUAUUUGAUGUCUUGAAGAACAAAUUGACAGGUCAAAUUCCAUUGGGCCUUGCAUCAUGCAAGCACCUUCAAAAACUAAACAUAGGGGGAAACCUCUUUGCGGAUGUCGUGCCAACAUGGUUGGGUAAGCUACCACAGCUUACGGGAAUUUCUAUGGGUAGCCCAGCCAUUGGUGGUCCAAUCCCUGCUGUGCUCGGUAAUCUCAGCAUGCUGAACAUUAUUGACAUCGCAUACUCCAAUCUAAGCGGAGAGAUUCCGGUGGAAUUGGGGAAACUGACACAACUCACUAAGUUGCACGUUGCAGAAAAUCAACUAGCUGGUCCCUUCCCAGCUUUUUUUGGAAAUUUAUCAGGAAUGUCUUACAUAAAUUUGCGUUCAAAUCAGCUGACUGGACCAGUACCAUCAACACUUGGAAAUAACAUGCCUCUUUUUAAACUUGAUAUUCGAGAUAAUAAUCUCCAAGGGGAUCUUAGUUUCUUAGCCAGCCUUUGCAAUUGCCGGCAACUCCAAGAUCUUCUCAUAUCCGAUAAUCCUUUCUCUGGUAGUCUCCCCAACUAUGUUGGGAACCUGUCUACUAAUCUCAUAGGAUUUGAAGGAUUCAACAUCCAGUUGACUGGAGGGCUUCCAGCUACACUAUCAAAUAUAAGUAAUAUUUUUCUGUUAAACUUUGCACAUAACCAUCUAACCAAGGAAAUCCCAGAAUCCAUCUCUAAGUUGGAGAAUCUGGGGGCUCUUGAUCUCCAUGGAAAUAGCAUGACUGGCCCGAUUCCAGCACAAUUUGUUACCUUAAGGAGUAUUGUAGCGCUACUCAUGUACGACAAUAGAUUGUCUGGCCCCAUACCAGAUGGCGUUGGCAACCUAACCAUGUUGCAGUACAUUCAUCUAUCUUAUAAUCAUCUAUCGUCGACCAUACCACCAAGCUUGUUUUACCUUAAUAACCUUAUAAAGCUUGAUCUGUCCCAUAACUCACUAACUGGUACAUUACCUUCUGAUCUUAGCCAUAUGCAAAGUACGGACCGGAUAGAUCUUUCUAGUAACCUCCUAGCUGGUAGGCUCCCAAGCUCAUUUGGACAAGCUUCAGUUCCAUUAACCUACCUAAAUCUUUCAUACAACUCUUUCAAGGAUUUAGUCCCGGACUCUUUCAGACGCUUAACCAACUUAGCCACAUUGGACCUAUCAUCCAACAAUCUUUCAGGCACAAUACCAAAGUUCCUGGCCAACUUCACAUACCUUACCUAUCUAAACCUAUCCUUUAAUAAAUUAGAAGGGCAAAUACCAGAUGGAGGUGUUUUCACAAACCUCACAUUGCAAUCUUUGAUUGGGAAUGUUGGGUUGUGUGGUGCUCCUCAUCUAGGGUUCUCACCAUGUCUAGACAAGACUCAUGGUCAACACUUCCUCAAGUUUAUACUUCCUGCUGUCACCAUAACAGUUGUUGCCUUUGCUUCCUUUUUGUACCUAAUGUUGGGAAAGAAAAAGAAGCAACCAAAUGUUAUGACUCCUACUGACAUGGCUGAUCCGAUCAGCCAUAGGUUGGUAUCCUACAAUGAGAUUGCUCGUGCCACUGGAAAUUUCAACGAGGACAACCUACUUGGAGUUGGAAGUUUUGGCAAAGUUUUCAAGGGCCAAUUAGAUGAUGGUUUGAUGGUUGCAAUAAAAGUGCUCAACAUGCAAUUUGAGCAAGCUGUGAGGAGCUUUGAUGUUGAAUGUCAGGUGUUGCGGUUGGCUCGGCAUCGCAACUUGAUACAGAUAUUGAAUACCUGUUCUAAUUUGGAUUUCAGAGCACUGCUGCUUCAAUACAUGGCCAAUGGUAGCUUGGAAGCAUACUUGCACACUGGAAAUAGUGAGCCACUAGGAUUCAUCAAGAGAAUGGACAUUAUGCUUGGUGUGUCGGAGGCAAUGGAAUAUCUACACCACCGUCACCAUCAAGUUAUCCUACACUGCGACCUAAAGCCUAGCAAUGUGUUGUUCGACGAGGACAUGACGGUGCAUGUUGCAGACUUUGGCAUUGCAAAGUUACUUCUAGGUGAUGACAACUCCAUGGUUUCAGCGAGUAUGCCAGGGACAAUUGGGUACAUGGCCCCAGAGCUUGCUUACAUGGGGAAGGCAUCACGGAAGAGCGACGUGUUCAGCUUUGGCAUCAUGCUGCUCGAAGUCUUCACCAGGAAGAGGCCCACGGACCACAUGUUCGUCGGAGAAUCCAGCCUUAGGCAGUGGGUUUCACAAUCAUUUCCGGCUAAGCUCGUCGAUAUCAUCGACGUGAAGCUGCUGCAAGAUGAUGAGAUAAUUAGUCGUGUUUUCCAUCACCAACUAAAUACUGCUGAAUCAGCAUUGUCCUCCACUGAUUGCAACGGGGACUUCCUUGUGUCGACAUUUGAGCUGGGUCUUGAGUGUUCAAGCGAUUCCCCUGACCAGAGGGCAAGCAUGAGCGACGUGGUUGUGAGGCUGAAGAGUAUCAAGAAGGAUUACUAUGCUUGCAUGGUAGCAGCGCGAGGGGUGCAGCAGCCUCGUCGUUGA